AUGACAUGUGACAAGAGGAGGAGUAGGAUGAAGGCAUUUUCUCAGUUUGUUUAUUUGAAAUCACAUUUGAGGACACACACUAACGAAAAACCAUAUUCUUGUGACCAUUGCAAAAAGACAUUUUCUCAGGGUUCUAGUUUGAAAAUACAUUUGAGGGUGCACACUAAAGAAAAACCAUAUUCUUGUAAGUAUUGUGAAACAAAGUUUUCUAAUAAUUCUAGCUUGAAUCUACAUUUGAGAAUACACACUAAUGAAAAACCAUAUUCUUGUGCGCAUUGUAAAAAGACAUUUUCUCAGAGUUCCAGUUUGAAAUCACAUUUGAGGACACACACUAACGAAAAACCAUAUUCUUGUGAGUAUUGUAAAACAACAUUUGCUCAUAGUUCAAGUUUAAAAAAUCAUUUGAGGAUACACACUAAUGAAAAACCUUAUUCUUGUGAGUAUUGUAAAAAGGCAUUUUCUCAGAUCGGAAAUUUGAAAACACAUUUGAGGAGACACACUAAUGAAAAACCAUAUUCUUGCGAGCAUUGUAAAAAGCCAUUUACUGAUAGUUAUGCUUUGAAAACACAUUUGAGGACUCACACAAAGGAACAACCCUAUUCUUGUGAGCAUUGUAGUAAGAAAUUUUCUGUUAAUUCAAGUUUAAAAAUACAUUUGAGGACACACAAUAAUGAAAAACCAUAUUCUUGUGAUUAUUGUAAAAAGAAAUUUUCUCAGAUUGGUCAUUUGAAAACACAUUUGAGGGUACACACUAGGGAAAAACCAUAUUCUUGUGACCAUUGCAAAAAGGCAUUUUCUGUUAAUUCAAGUUUGAAAUUACAUUUGAGGACACACACUAACGAAAAACCAUAUUCUUGUGAGUAUUGUCAGAAGACAUUUUCUUUUAGUGCAAAUUUAAAAACACAUUUAAGGACGCACACAAACGAGAAACCAUAUUCUUGUGAGCAUUGUAAGAAGGCAUUUUCUAAUACUUCAAAUUUGAAAUCACACUUGAGGAUACACACUAAUGAAAAACCAUAUUCCUGUGAGUAUUGUAAAAAGACAUUUUCUCAUAGUUUUUCUUUCAAAAAGCAUUUAAGGAUGCACACUAAUGAAAAACCAUAUUCUUGUAAUCAUUGUAAAAAGGCAUUUUCUGUUAGUUCAGUUUUGAAAACACAUUUGAGGAUACACACUCAUGAAAAACCGUAUUCCUGUGAAUGUUGUAAAAAGACUUUUUCUUCUAAUUCAGGUUUGAAAUCUCAUAUGAAGACACACACUAAUGAAAAACCAUAUUCUUGUGAUCAGUGUAAUAAGACAUUCUCUCAGAGUUCAAGUUUAAAAUCACAUUUGAGGACGCACACUAAUGAAAAACCAUACUCCUGUGAGUUUUGUAAAAAGGCAUUUUCUUUUAAUUCAAAUUUUAAAACACAUUUGAGAACACACACUAAUGAAAAACCAUAUUCUUGUCAGUAUUGUAAAAAGGCAUUUUCUGAUCAUUCUACUUUGAAAAGACAUUUGAGGACUCACACAAAGGAAAAACCAUAUUCCUGUGAGUAUUGUAAAAAGACUUUUUCUCGGAUGUCAGAUAUGAAAAUACAUUUGAGGAUACACACUAAUGAGAAACCAUAUUCUUGUGCUCAGUGUAACAAGACAUUCUCUCAGAGUUCACAUUUGAAAAUUCAUUUGAGGACUCACACAAAGGAAAAACCAUAUUCUUGUGAGUAUUGUAAAAUGACAUUUGCUCAUAGUUCAAGUUUGAAAAAACAUUUGAGGAUACACGCUGAAGAAAAACCAUAUUCUUCUCAUUAGUGCUGGGCGAUGUUGCAGAUUUGAACAUUGCGAUACAUUGGCAGUGAAAUAUCGCGAUAUUCCAAUGCAUUGCAAUGUUUUGGUAUAUUUUCUCUUCCUUUAAUUAGGUGUGUCCUUGGCAGGUGAGGGAAAGGUCAUGGUUCAUGCUGCUCUAUUGAACUUUUUUAGAGGUUUUUAAAAUUAUUUGGUUUCGGUUGGGGGGGGGGGUUACCCUCCUGAAUAAAUAUAAAUUGAAGACAUUGUCGCUGAAAAUCAUUCCUCUAGCACCAGUAAUAAUUUAUUUCAUAUGUUUUUUUGUAGAAGUUGCCCCCCCCCCCAUCUUCCCUCCGUUAUUAUGAAAUAAUUGGUGUACGAGAUGAUUAUGGACUGAACAUCAUAUUUUUGGUUGUAUGAAUUAAGUUUGAAUGUAACUGCAAAAAAAAAUGAAAAUACAAUUUUUUUAAACAAUAAAAUGGUUG